AUGCCCAAGAAGCACACGCCCUCGUACACCACAGCAAAACCAUCCUACGUCCACCCCUCGCUACAGAGUUCGCGCUCCCCCGCAUCCUCGUCCUCGUCGUCUGAACCCCAAACCGUCAACCAGCGCAUUCAGCAGCUGCGUCGCGAACAGGCUCCAAGAGCAACGCCCGAACAGCGCGAUGAACUCACCUCGGUAGUAAGCAGUCGUACCGUGCCGCCAGAGCUGCGGCGUAUCCUGCACAUACCCGAAGUUAAUGCUCCCAAACCAAAGGCGAAUACAAGGACGCGGCGGGUCAUGGGUGGUGUGAGACCCCCACCAGGCCCCGCGGCGCCUACAAGCUGGCUCCAGACGAGUCGGCAUGCCCCAGCAUACAUGCGAAAGAAGCAGGCGGAGUCAGAGAAGGGCGCCGUGAGGUUUGCCACGCUGGCUAGGGUUACAAACGAGGAAUUAAAGCGCCUACCACCGCCGCGAAGCCUCGUCCACCAAUGUCUCCGGACGUUUGCGCAACAUUGGGAGGAGCUCUCCGAGUACGAACAACAUUACAUACCCUCGCUACCGGUAUCGCUGAAAGAAGCGCUACUAAGCUAUCUUACACUAUACGGACAGAGAGGUUUGGACUUCAAGUCGCUCAAGAUCUUGUUUCAGGAUGAAGAGGGAAUUGGCACAGCUGGGUGGGAGGAAGUCCAAUUCCUCGACCUCAGCGGACUCUUGAGCGAAAGUUUCAAGAUCACCGAUCUUGGGAAAUGCGUCAAGCGUGCCAGUUCGACAACGACUGUAGACCUUGGUGCCCUCCGUUUGACGGACGAUGUCGGCGACUCCUGGGAAGAGGAAAUACAAGAGAGUCCAGCAGCACCCUUGGUACCAGCAAUGAAGCUCCAAACCCCCUACUUCAGCAACCUGAGCAGACUUUCCCUUGCGAAACCUGGGCAAUGGGCUUCAUGGCCCGACUUACUUCGUAUCUCGCCCAACCUCAAUAAGAUCACGCACCUCUCGCUCGCCCACUGGCCCCGGCCUUCGAUGACACCGAACGCGAACACCACAUCCAUGAUCUCAAACCACACGAGCGUAUCACUAGGCGGAUCGCACUUCUACUCCGAUCUCGACGAUGACUGGCACGAAGCUACCAACAUCCUCCGCCGCUUCUCUAAAGACACAUACUCGUUACAAUGGCUCGAUUUGGAAGGCUGCAACUGGCUCAAAGCCCUCACGUCCCAUCCCGGUCGCACGCCAACAGACAUAAACGGAAGAACAGAAGAGUGGAGCACGCAGAAUGGCACCCCAGGCCCAGACUGGAAUGAUGCGUGGCGUCGCAUCAUCUAUGUUAACUUUUUCCAGGGCUGGAUUCCAAGCGACAACCAGAGUUUGCAGAAUAUGCCCGCGGGUAUCGUGCCUGUGCAGUUACUCCGCUGGCUUCGCGAUAACAGAGAAAAGCAGGACGUCACGUGGCGGUUGAACUCUCACGAGACGGGCCAUGCGGUUGCUGAGUGGGUGAACAGAGAGAAAGUGGCCCGACUAGUUGGGAUGGAAAUCCAAGGCAUGCGCAAACGAGGAGAAGGAGCCUGGUGCCAGAUUGACUUUGGAUGGGGAGGCUCUGACGAGAAAGCUGUAUGA